GCCAUUAAACACUACAGAAGAAGAAGAAGUAUCUUCUGUUCAGCCUGCUGUUGUGGCAGAAGAUUAUGCUCCCCUUUAUUCGAACAUGGAGGCUGUCUCUACAAAUCUGUCACCGUGUUGGCACAAAGCUGCAUCUUGGGGCAGCGAAGAGAACUGCAUGGAACUGCGUUCAUCAGUGUGGUCAGAGAAGAUUUGAUGAUCUCUGGAGCAGAAACCUUUCUCUAUCUUCAAGAAGGAAGAAGAAACAAACCCAUGUGCAGAUAAGGGAGCUGUCACAAGCAGCCUAUGAGAAGUUGGCAGAUGAGACACUGGAUGCUCUAUCUGAUUACUUUGAAGAUCUCGCGGAUGAAGCUUUCACUGGAACAGACUAUGACGUUGUCUUUUCUGGUGGUGUAUUGACAGUGAAGGUGGGCGGAGGCCAUGGAACCUACGUUAUAAACAAACAGACGCCCAACCGACAGAUCUGGCUUUCUUCUCCUACCAGUGGACCGAAACGCUACGACUGGACUGGACAACGCUGGGUGUACGCUCAUGAUGGCAUUAGCCUCCACCAGCUGCUUUCUAAAGAGUUUUCUGUUAUCUUGAAUAAAAACAUACACUUGUGUAAUUUGCCCCAUUCCUGAAGGAGGGAAUCUGAAAAUGGUGUGGACUAAGUACAGCAUGCUAACCAGAAAUAAUAUAUGUAAACGAAAGGACCUGUGUUUUCUUUGUUUCCAUAGUUUUACUUUUUGUUUGCUACUGUUGCUUUGAUGACUGUUCCAAAUAUCUGUAGAGCAGCUUCAUUUGGAUAACAAAUAUUAUUCUUUAAUUCAACAACAAUAAUAAUUAUUUUCUAAACCACUUUCAUUCAGAUCCAUAGCUUUUUAAAGAACAUUUAAUUUUGAUUUGGCUAUUUAAAUCACUCUUAAAUAGACACAGAGAUUAAACUGAACCGAUUUGCCUCUAUUUCAGAUAUUUCUCGGAAAUCAAGCAUCAACUGUCAGAACCUACCAUCAUGUUGGAUGGGUUGUCUUCAUUUUAUUUUUAAAUAGUUUUGGAUUUUUGAGUUUCUGAUCAAGCCACUCAUUUGUUUCAUCUGUUAGCCAUAUGUCCAAAUUGAAUGUCCCACUUUUAUUGAUAUUUUUACCAUUAGCUUUGUUAAACAUGGCAGUGAAUCUGUGACAGUCAACACUUAUGUAGUAACCAUUUUGGAAUCCAUUGUGGCACUUUUUUUUUCUUCCAAAAAAAAACCCCUGGUCAUGUUUCAUGACUGAGGAUGAUUUUGCUCACUCCCAGUGUGGUGGUUGGUGUGCUUCUGUUGGUAUUCUGUUGUAAAGUGUCAUUAUACCUUUCUGUGUGUUAUUCCUUUGCAUGUUAAAGUAAACUCAAAUUACAUUCAUGGCUUUCACUGCUCUUUCUUAUGCUUUUACUUCCCCAAGAAAUGUAGUAAGUUAGCAAAUAGUCAAGACAUCUUUUGACAUUUGCUUGCUGCCUUAAACUGGACUGAGAAGAAUGUUCACACACAUCUUUUGACUUCUUUCAGUUGAAAGUUGAGUUUAAACUUUCUUAUCAGUGCUGCUCUGCUCAGAUUCACCAGUAAUUUAUCAGGCACUGUAUACAACCUAAGGUUAUUUCAUACAUUUUAAACUGUAGAUAAAUUAAUAGAUCUGUUGAUUGUAUUACCUUUUUAUAGUGUUAUGCCAAAAAAUGGCUGAUCGGACUACAGCUCUCAACAUGCAACAUGGUUUAGGAUUUAAACGCAGCCCACCGGUGAUCACAUGUCCGAGAUAAUAAAAACAUGGUGAGAACAAAUGUUCGUAUCCUUCAAACGGCGUCAGCUGUGUCAAAGAGUACCUCAUCUUAGCUGGAGAUUCCUUUUACUUUUGAACACAUGUUGGACCCAGGUGAUCGUUGUCUUUGCUGGACAAAACCCGCACACCACCUUUACCCUUUGUUGUGGGAUUGACAGAGAGGUCCUAGGACUUUCAUUAGGUUGUUGGGCACAAACAAGGAGUUUUCCCCCUUUUCCAUAGAAAAAGUCUUCCGCACAGACUGGAACCAACACACUUUCCCCACCCUACAUUUCAACCCAACUGAUUUCUCCCUCCCCAUGGAGCAACACCAAGAAAGACCCCCUUUCGUUUCUUAUAUAGAAACCCAACAUUCACCUGGGCAGAUUUAGAAAUGGGUUUAAUGCUGAUGUUUUACUCCAGAAGGAGUUGUUGGAUUGUCUUUGAAUGUUUUACAUGCUUUGGCUGAAUACAGGUGAUGAGCUACUUACUGUAUAAAUUUUUAUCUUGUUUGCUGUGAGACCACAGUGUUGACGGUUGGUUAUUAAUGUGGGUUUUGGCAUUAUUCUGAACGCAUUCAUUGGGUUAGCUAGCAACCUUUAUCUCACAGCGGCGUUUGCUGUGCCUCAGUAGCUUUGUACUUGUGGUAUCUAAACUGUGUAACUGUGGUUACAGGCAUGAGCCGUCACUAUUUGACAGACAGCAGGCUCAAUUUGCGGCAGCGGCAGCUACUAAUGGCACUUCCUGUGGCAGCUCCAGUAACUGGAGUUGCCCACACACAGCAACAGGAAUGUGGCAACAGCCAUGACACCUUUUUCCUGCCACCGGAAGUGCCACUCUUAGCUGGUGCUGCUACAGGAAGUGCCACUCUUUGCUGGAGCUGCUACAGGAAGUGUUACUAGUAGCUGGAGCUGCCACAAGAAGUGCCACUAGUAGCUGGAGCUGCCACAGGAAGUGCAACUAGUAGCUGGAGUUGCCACAGGAAGUGCCACUAGUAGCUGGACCUGCCACCGGAAGUGCAAGGAUCAGAUGACGCUGCCACAAAUUGAGCUCGGCCCUGCUGCACUAUUUUGCGCUUUAGCUUAGCAGCUAUGGCUUAUUGUAGCCUUUCGGGCUUGAAGCAGGCCUGGUCUUAAGGCACAAUCACAUAACUCCAGAACCAUUUCAGUGCUAUUAGAUCAUUUGCUUGUCUUGAUGGUGAUUGUUCACUGCUAAUUAAGUGAUGCUUAUUUAAUAUUUAAUAAAGGCUCCUACAUCCAA